GGAGGGACGAGAGGGCGUGUCCACAGCGGCGCGUGGGUUCGCUUGGGUGACACAAUUAUAACAACUUUAUCUUCGUGGCUGUAACGGAUUUUAAUUGUCAAAUACACACUUUCUUGGAUACUGUACUCAGUAAUUUGCAUUUAAAUAGUGACACAACAUCACUUUGUGUUUAAAAAAAUGUGACGUUUGAGGAGCUACCCCGGAGAGCGCUUCUGUACCCCCACGGACAGGAUUUACUAUAUCGAAUCGCAUCUUUUUUCAUCCCUGGAAAAAAGUUUUUGUUCGUUUUGUUUUUUUCAGUUUUUCUUGUUUGAUUCGGCGGAGCAAACUACUUGUCCCCGCGUCGCGAUUUUCCAUGCAAUCGUGCGGUGUGUCGCUCGCCGCUGCUGCCUGCGCUGCUGCUCGGAGUCUCGGCUCGGCUUCUGGUGGUGAUGAGGAAAAGAAAAUGGCGGCGGGAAAAGCGAGUGAAACCGAGGAGGACUUUCCGACACUGACAGCCCAGGAGAGGGACAGUUUGGUCGGGAUUGACAGCUCACUGUUUGGAUUUCAGAGGCUUCAUGAAGAUGGCGCCAGAACGAAGGCCCUGCUGGUGAAGGCUGUUCGCUGCUAUGAUUCGCUCAUCCUGAAAGCCGAGGGCAAAGUGGAGCCUGAUUUAUUCUGCCAGCUAGGCCACUUCAACCUCCUCCUGGAGGAUUACCCGAAAGCAUUAUCGGCAUACCAGAGGUACUACAGUUUACAGUCAGACUACUGGAAGAAUGCUGCCUUUCUAUACGGCCUAGGGAUGGUCUACUUCCACUAUAAUGCCUUUCAGUGGGCAAUCAAAGCGUUCCAGGAGGUGCUGUACAUCGACCCAGGCUUCUCUCGGGCCAAGGAGAUCCACCUGCGCCUGGGCCUCAUGUUCAAGGUCAACACAGACUAUGAGUCAAGCCUAAAGCAUUUUCAGCUGGCUUUGAUUGACUCCAACCCCUGCACUUUGUCCAAAGCUGAAAUUCAGUUCCACAUUGCUCAUUUGUAUGAGAUUCAGAAGAGAUACCGGGCUGCCAAGGAGGCCUAUGAGAGUCUUCUGCAGACAGAGGAUCUCCCUGCACAGGUGAAGGCCACUACCCUGCAGCAGCUAGGCUGGAUGCAUCACACAGUGGAACAGCUCGGGGACAGAGCCAACAAGGACAGCUAUGCCAUCCAGUGUCUGCAGAAAUCUCUGGAGGCCGACCCCAACUCUGGACAGUCCUGGUACUUCCUUGGCAGGUGCUACUCGAGUAUUGGGAAAGUCCAGGACGCUUUCAUCUCGUAUCGGCAGUCCAUAGACAAAUCAGAGGCCAGUGCAGAUACCUGGUGCUCUAUAGGGGUCUUGUACCAGCAGCAGAACCAACCCAUGGACGCGCUGCAGGCCUACAUCUGCGCUGUGCAGCUGGACCACAGCCACGCGGCUGCCUGGAUGGACCUGGGCACGCUGUACGAGUCCUGCAACCAGCCGCACGACGCCAUCAAGUGCUACAUCAACGCCACACGCAGCAAAGCCUGCACCAAUACCGCCGCACUCACCCACCGCAUCAAAUGCCUGCAGGCUCAGUUGAGUAACCCCCAGCUCAGUAGCCUACAGGGUAAAAGUAAAAUGCUCCCUCUUAUUGAGGAGGCAUGGAGUCUACCAAUCCCAGCUGAGCUAACCUCCAGGCAGGGAGGCCUGAGCAGUGCACCACAGCAGGCUUGUAAGCCCCAUCACAGUGCAGAGGGUGGAGGCUCGGGUCAGUCUCUGCCCCCUCACAUGGGUGCUCUGGGCCAGGCAGAUGACCAGUCCAGCCCGGCCAAGAGGAGGAGAGCCUCCAGCCCAGCCAAGGGUGAUUCAUGGGCCAGUAAUUCAGCACAGCAGCCGGUUCCCAACUGGUACCUCUCCCCUCAGAAACUACAGCUGCUGGAACAAUUGCGGAGUAACCGGGCCAACCUGAAGCCCCUGCAGCUUCAAAUGUUGGAGCAGCUGGAGGCUCAGCUCACCAUGAUGCAGCAGCACCAGCAGCAGAUGAGACAGAAUGCCUCAGGAGGUCAGCUGCGUCCCUCUCUCCCCAACGGCCCCACCACUAACUCACUCCCCUCUCCCCACCCAAGCCUCCACCCCUCCCGACCCCACUUGGGACCCCACUUGGGACCCCACCGGUCCCCCUGCCCGCCUCAACCGCUGGCCAACGGGCCCCUGGGCCCCGGGACACACAGACACUCAGACUCCCUCUCUGUGGGCGACAGUACCAGUAGUAGUAACAGUAGUAGUAUUAAUAGUAGUAGUAAUAAUCAGCCAGGGCCCACGGCCACAGGACCCAACGGAGACGUGCCUUACCUGCAGCCUGCCGGCAGCGGCGACACAGCACUGCUACCUCACACCUGCACAAGCACCCAAACACAGGAUGCCGCGCCGCACCGGGCCCUGCACCUAACCUCCUCUCAGGGGCUUCAGAAGGGGUCCGUUCCACAUGCGCCGGGCUCCAAUGGAGAGGGGACCCUGUCUCACCCCCAGACGCCCGACUCCGCCGCCCCCCUGCACCCCAACAAUCAGGUCGGACAUUCCGCUAGCGCCCCGUCGCCACGGCAGCAGGCUCACAACCACCUACCGUCCCCUCCUGCCCUCCCCCAAUCCGCUACCUCAGGUGGAGCGACAGCCGGCGCGCCCUCUACCAAAGAUAGCAACACCGUGACCGCCCGCGGCACGGCAACCGCAUCCCUCGGCAACGGGGGCUCUGAGGGCCAGACGCCGACGCCACCGGUAAACAGUGCGGCAGCGCAGGCAGAAGGCCUCGCAAAUCACAUCCACUCGGGUGAUGGUGGCAAGGCAGGAGAGGGUGGCGAGAAGCCGAGCCUUAGCGCAGACAAUCCCAGGCUAUCUGCCCUGCUGGCGGGGGGGAAGGGCCCACAGGAGGGUGAUGGACAUUCAGAGGGGACCACGGCCACGGAGUCCACAGCGGCCGAGCCUCAUAAGAAAAUUAACAACAUCCACCCGUCCGCCCAGCCCUCCACCCCCCACGCCCAGGGCAGCUCGGCUGCCUCCUCGCCCAUCUCCGCCAUAUCCACCGCCACGCCCUCGCCCAAAUCCUCGGAACACACUCAAACGGGCACCCACAGUCCCACAACCACCACCAUCACGUCUACUGCACCUGCCAUGAACGGUAACGGCAAAGGAGGAAUCUCUGAGGACUCUCAAAGCCCGCUGAAGGCUGAGCCACCCGCUGUUAUCACCAGUCUCAAAGCCACACCUCCACACGGACACAGCUCCUCCUCAUCGUCGUCAUCGUCGAUAUCCAUCUAUCCCAGCUCCACAGACGUGCUCAAGGCCUGCAGGAACCUGGGGAAGAACGGUCUCUCCAACAGCAGUAUCCUCCUGGACAAGUGUCCCCCACCCCGCCUGCCCCCUCCACCCACGCCAGCCCUACCCAAGGACAAACUCAACCCCCCUACACCCAGCAUAUACCUGGAGAACAAGAGGGAUGCCUUCUUCCCCCCACUGCACCAGUUCUGCACAAACCCCUCCAACCCUGUCACUGUUAUCAGAGGCCUGGCUGGAGCACUCAAACUGGACCUGGGUCUGUUUUCCACCAAGACAUUGGUCGAGGCCAACCCAGAGCACCUGGUGGAGGUUCGGACUCAACUCUCUCAGCCCGCUGACGAGAACUGGGACCCAAGCGGCACCAAGAAGAUGUGGCGCUGUGAAAGCGCCCGCGCCCACACCACCAUAGCCAAAUACGCUCAGUAUCAGGCUGCUUCUUUCCAGGAAUCCUUACGGGAGGAGAAUGAGAAGAAGGCACUAAAGGAGCCCUCAGACACUGAGCCAGCGUCAGCAGAGAGUGUGGCACGCAAAAGGAGGGGACCCUUAAAGCACAUCAAGUUUGGAACCAACAUCGACGUGUCUGAUGAAAGGAAGUGGAAGCAGCAGCUCCAGGAACUCAGCAAACUGCCGGCUUUUGCGCGGGUAGUAUCAGCAGGAAACCUGCUCAGCCAUGUAGGGCACACCAUCCUGGGCAUGAACACCGUUCAGCUCUACAUGAAGGUCCCUGGGAGCAGGAUACCAGGUCACCAGGAGCACAACAACUUCUGUGCAGUCAACAUCAACAUCGGACCAGGAGACUGUGAAUGGUUUGCUGUACCGGAGCCAUACUGGGGAGUUAUGAGCAACUUCUGUGAAAAGAACAACAUCAACUUCCUGAUGGGCUCAUGGUGGCCCAACCUGGAGGAUCUGUACGAGGCCGACGUCCCCGUCUAUCGGUUCAUCCAGCGUCCAGGCGACCUGGUGUGGCUCAACACCGGCACUGUCCACUGGGUGCAGGCCAUCGGCUGGUGCAACAACAUCGCCUGGAACGUCGGGCCGCUCACCGCCCACCAGUACAAGCUGGCUGUGGAGCGUUAUGAGUGGAAUAAGCUCCAGAGUGUUAAGUCCAUGGUUCCCAUGGUGCACCUCUCCUGGAACAUGGCACGCAACAUCAAAGUGUCUGACCACAAGCUGUUUGAGAUGAUCAAGUACUGCUUGCUGCGGACACUGAAGCAGUGCCAGUGGGUGAAGGAGGCCCUGGCGUCGGCCGGCAAGGAGACGGUGCUGAGGCCCAGGAGCAGGGACGAGCCGGCACACUACUGCACCAUCUGUGAGGUGGAGGUGUUCAACCUGCUGUUUGUGCGCAGCGAGCUCCUGUCCAAGAAACAGUACGUGGUUCACUGCCAGGACUGUGCCAGGAAAGGCAGCGCCACGCUGGACAACUUUGUGGUGCUGGAGCAGCACAGAAUGGAGGACCUCAUGCAGGUCUACGACCAGUUCACAUUAGCCCCUCCUCUUCAUUCAUCUUCAUCUUGACAUUAGACGACACCCUCUUCUUCUUCUGCUGUGGAGCCAUCAAGCCCAUUUGACAGGAACUUGUAUUAAGAAAACGAAAAUAAAAACAAAAAGGAACAAAAACCACACCUACAUACACGGACCAUUUCUGAUAUUCAGGAAAGCCAAGGCCGUCUCCCCCACCCUCACCACCGCCCCU